AUGAGAACAAAUUCUACAAGUUCUGUGGCAUCGGUUAGCCAGGCUUCUUCUCCGAGUCCCACGGGAAAAGGAAAACCUUCGAACAGGUACGACACUUCACUAGGAUUAUUAACGCGAAGAUUCGUGACGCUUUUAAAAGACUCCCCAGACGGCGUGGUGGAUUUAAACGUGGCAUCUGAAACGCUUGAAGUUCAAAAAAGAAGAAUAUACGACAUCACUAACGUUCUAGAAGGGAUUGGAAUAUUGGAAAAGAAAAGCAAAAAUAACAUUCAGUGGAGGGGCAGUCCUCGGGGUUUUGAUUUUUGCGAUAAAUCACGGGGCGAAGAGGAUAAUUCAAAGGAUGGCGUUAUUCAAGAAUUGCAAAGACGAGAGGAUGAAUUAGAUAGAUUAAUAAUAAAUGCCGAAAAAGAAUUGAGGCAGUUGACGGAAGACAAAAGAUUUGCAUAUGUCACGUACGAGGAUUUGAGGAACAUUCCUUAUUACAAAAAUCAAACGGUGAUGGUUAUAAAAGCUCCACCGGAAGCCAAAUUAAGAGUGCCCGAUCCGAGUAAGGCGUUGCAAAUGUACAUGAAAAGUGAAAAUAGUGAAAUCGAAGUAUUUAUUUGUCCUGAUGAAGUAGACGAGUAUCCGGCGACGAGUAACGCGGAUGAAAAAUCGAAUAAUAAUUCACCGUUGCGGCCUUCGGUAUCUAAUUUAGAUCUUAUUCCCGAGCUUGGCAUUAAAGAAGAACCUCAAUCGGAUAAUACGGAUCUUAGUUCAGAGCUUUCCAGGUUCAAAAAUGUUUUAAUAUCGGAAACGGAUGAUUUCGGGCCAAUGGGAGGUAGAUUCCAAUUGCAAACCGAAGAUCAACAUUCGGAAGUUUCCGGUAAUUCAUUCUAA